GGCGAUCGCAUACAACGACCCCUUUUGUUGAUACCGUUUGCGAACCACUCUUUCGGCUCAAGACAUGGCUUCCAUCGCGAGUGACACUCAUUUCAAUGACUUGAGUGACGACAACAUGUUUUCGUUCAUUCAUGAGAUAAUUGACGAAAUGUGUGGCAUUUGUCCGCUCAAGACAUCCAAAUACGUGCCAACCAUUUGGUCCGUUGAAACACAAUUCACUCAUUUUGUCGAUUAUAUGAAGACAUUGUUAUCGCAAUUGAUUGACAUUCGGGCCAAACAUGAGUCAUUGCGAGAAAUGCCUGAAAACACGCAGAAAGUAGUGUUGGAGUGCAUCGAAGUCCGGAGGCCUGAACUCCGCAAAGCCAUCAUCAAUGAGACCAUUGGUCACAACAAUCCAGUGUUGAAAGACUUCUUCUGGAAACUCAACGUUGUCUUAGACUCCGAUAAAAUGUGUGAACUCAACGAACCUCUCGUUAAUCUCGACUUAAAUAUCAACGAAGACACGAAUGGCACCAAAAAUGAAACAAUUGUGUCAAUGGAGUUGAAUAGAGAAGAGUUGAUGAAAGUUAUCGAUACUCUGGAAGAAGGACAGCAAGCUUUGAGACAAUCCUAUUGACAAUACUUAUGUCUCAAUACA